AUGGCGAUUCCCUCAACAACACGCUUCCUUCCCCACAUUCUCAUCCUCUGCACUCUGCUUCAUUUGGGCUCCUCUGCCUCCAGAUCGCUCAAUGCCGCCGACCAAACUGCCGGGAGUAGCGACGACGAUACGGCGUUUCAGUAUCACAAUGGCGCUCUUCUCACCGGCAAGAUCGCCGUCAAUCUCAUCUGGUACGGGAAAUUCAAGCCAUCCCAGCGCGCCAUCGUCUCCGAUUUCGUCGCUUCCCUCACCUCCCCUGCAUCUUCCUCUUCCUCCAAGCAGCAGCAGCCUUCCGUCGGGAGCUGGUGGAAAUCCACAGAGAAAUACUACCACCUCAUCAAAUCUACCACCAAACACUCUUCUUCUUCUUCGCUCUCGCUGUCUCUGACCACCCAGAUCCUCGACGAGAGUUACUCCAUGGGGAAAUCCCUCUCCUCCAAGCAAAUCGUGCAAUUGGCAUCAAAAGGCGCCCAAUCCAACGCCAUCAACGUGGUUCUGACUUCCUCUGACGUCGCCGUGGAAGGGUUCUGCUCCAGCAAGUGCGGAACCCACGGAUCUUCUUUCAGCACUGCUGCUACCCGGAAAAUCAGUGGCGGGGAGAAGAAGGUGUCCAAGUUUGCUUACAUAUGGGUAGGGAACUCGGAGAAGCAGUGUCCAGGGCAAUGCGCGUGGCCGUUCCACCAGCCAAUCUACGGCCCGCAGUCCCUUCCACUCGUUUCCCCGAACAACGACGUCGGAAUGGACGGGAUCAUCAUCAAUCUGGCCGGUCUCCUGGCCGGAACCGCGACCAACCCGUUUGGGAACGGGUACUUCCAGGGUCCCAAAGAGGCGCCAUUGGAGGCUGCAUCCGCCUGCACCGGUGUCUAUGGAAAGGGAGCCUAUCCGGGAUACGCCGGGGAGCUUUUGCUGGAUUCCACCACCGGGGCGAGCUACAAUGCCAAUGGAGUGAACGCAAGGAAGUACCUGCUCCCUGCCCUCUUCGACCCCGCUUCCGCGGCUUGUUCUACUCUCGUCUGA